CCCUCCCUCCUUCUCUCUUCUUCCUCCUCCUCCUCCUCCUCCUUCUCCUCCUCCUCCUGGAUCAAGCAACAGCGUGACAGAGACUGGAGGAAGGGUCAGUCCCUCUGCAGACACACUAAGAUACACAGAAUUCGUGUUUGUUGUAUAUAUGGCAGUCGAGUAAAACAGUCACCCAUAUACUGUUACAGUCAGCAGUUAACCACAUCCAUUCAAGAGAGAGUUCAGCCGGACAGUUGUCCAACUUAUGGUUAUGACAUGGUUAGGCCGGUUUCCAACACUGAAUGCCAUGUGAAGCAUUCUAGAUAUGGAUUGGCGGUUAUGUAGUGGUUAAGCUGACAGGAAUCAUAUUUGCAGUGAUUUAGCAAUACAUUUUCUACUGAUGAAAGCAACCAUCGCCAGCAUUCACCCCGUCACAGGUGUUGUUCGGCUGGUAAUGCAGUUAUCAGGCAAUCAGCGCCUCGCUUGAGGUGUAUCACUGUGUUUUAGUAUAUGAUAGACAUUACAGGGUGAGAGCGAGGACCUCCUCCCUUGCGUGAUAUGGUUGCAGAAUCAGAGCGAGGUUCUCCUCCCUCAUGUGACACGCCGUAUUCACACACUCGACGCCGCCAUGAGCCGCCAGAUUGGGUCGUGUAAAGUGGAAGUUCAGAGAAGCCAGCCAUGGCUCCAUACGCCCACGUCUGCACUCGUUAACACACCUGAAUUCAACCACAACCCACCUACAGUACGAGCUAAACCUGUGGUGCUCAGUCCAACCACUGCCAUGCCCACUACGAAAAGAGCGCCUACGUGUCUUUUUCCUACGCUGCCGGGAAUGCCAUUGUGGGAGAGGGCCAGGCAGGGAGUGAUGAAAACCAAUAAAUGCAGUGCCAACUGCAAACAUGCUGGACGACGUGUGGUCACCCCUCACUCCAGCGUAUGCAACAGCCCUUCAAACAGCCUCCCCAACAGUCCACCAGCCCAUCAAGAAAACACUUCGUUCAACCCUCACAACAAAAACUUGGCCACAAGCCAACCUGUGGAGAUACCAGCGGCCAGGCGUAGGUCGAACUCGCUGUUCUGUUCAGACAAUAGUUUGGGCUCCAUUUACUCAAGUGGUCCGGUAAUGCGACACAUGGACUGUAUACCCACCACUCGAGCAAAAGGAUGUGUUAAAAGAGAACAGAGGAGGCAUUCUGUUAGUCCAUUUGAAUGUUGUACAAGGUCACUUGGUGAAUCACAUAAUAUUAUGAAGUCCUCGACCAGUCCCUCACGUCGGAGGAGCAGCCAGUUGUACGAGGCGAACAGUUCGGGAAGUGGGGAUUCAGUCAGUCCAUCUAUUCACAGUUCAGUUGCUGCGGACGGUUUCAGUACCAGCACCAUGGAUUCACACCAUCACGACACUGACACCAGGGAUUCACACCACGACACCGACACCAGCGAUUCACACCACGACACCGACACCAGCGAUUCACACCACGACACCGACACCAAGGAUUCAGAGCAUCACGACACUGACACCAGGGAAGGUGAUAUCAGCGAUGGCGGUUCUGAGGAAGGUUCGGUGCAGGGAUAUUAUGACAGCAGCAGCAGCAGCAGCAGCAGCAGGGACUGUAAGAGCAGUAAUAACGUUGGCAGUGAAUGUAGCGCACGGCGUACCUGCAGUUAUAAUCCAGGAUAUGGUGACAGCUGUACUCCAGGACACAGCAACAACAGCAGCCCUGAACACUGCAGCAUCAAGAGAGGCAGUGCACGGCUUGGUAUCAGCAGCGUGAAAACUAACUCAAUGAGCAGCAGUACUCCCAGCCUGAAUGUUCUUGAUACAUCAUGCGACGUGUCUUUCAGGGAAAAUGGCAGCCUUAAUGGAUGUAGUCCGUGGCAUAGCAGCAGCACCAUCAACAGACGCAGCCCUGUGCACAAUUGCAUCAACAGAGACAGCUCGUGGAGCAGCAGCAACAGCAUUAACAAUAUUUCAAGAAGCAGCAGCAUCGCCAGCUUGAAUGUUUUCGACACUACGCGUGAUGUUUCUUGCAGAGGAAACGAAAACAUGAAGAACAGUUCACGCCAUGACAGUAGACGCAGCCCAGUACACAAAUGUGUCACCAGCGGAGACAACACAUGGCAUAGCAACAGCAUAAACAGACGCAGUCCUGUACACAGUAACAGCAUCAACAGAGGCAGUUCUUGGAAUCGAAGCAACAGCAUCAGCAGUAACUUCAAAAGUAAGAGUACCACUAGUCUGAAUGUCAUUGAGGCCUCAUGUGACGUCCCUAAGGGAAAUACCCUUAACAGAAACAGCAUUCGAUGUAAUAGCAACAUCAACAGAGGCACCACCUCCUGGCAUAACAUUAGCAGUAGGAUCAGCAGUAAUUCAAGGAGCAGCAGCACCACUAACUUGAAUGUUACUGAUGCCAUAAACAACAUUACGGCCAAAGGAAAUCGCAUUCUCAAUAGAAGUAGCCCACAACAGGGUAGCAACCUCAGAAGAAGCAGCUCACGAUAUGGUAGUAACAGCAGCAUCAACAGUAAUUCAAGGAGCAGUAGUAUCACAAACUUAAAUGCUACUGAGGCUACAGGCAGUGCUCUGGCCAAAGGAAACUGUAGCCUUAACAGAGGUAGCCCACGAUAUGGCAGCAGCUUUAACAGAAAUGGUUUGAGAUAUGGUAGCAGCAGUAGUAUCAACAGUAACUCAAGGAGCAGUAGUAUAACCAACCUUAAUGUCACCGAGGUAGCACGCAACGUUACAGCCAAAGGAAAGGUAGACAAAGACACCAUUUUGAUCCCAAAGUUCCAGCGGGGAGGUGGACACGAAGACAUCGGAGAAGCUCCAGAUGCUGCUGCUGAAGUCAUGGGUUCCAUUGAAGUCACAGACUCUACGAAGUACAAGGGUUUGACUGGGAAAAAGAGCUCUACCGGAGAUAAGAACUCAACUAAGGGUAAUAGCUCCACUGACAAGCUGAGCAGGCCUAAGAGUAGUGAGAUUAGACAGGAAAGCAAGACUGAUGUUGGUUCCAGGACAGCAGCCAACACUACAAGGAAACUAUCUGCCGUGCCUGGGGCUAAGGCAGACAAACUCAGGAGUGCCUCGGAGACAAACAAUAGGAUGAAGAACCUCGUCGAUGCUGGACGAAAAUCAAAUUGCUUCUCGAACAGUAACAAGAGGACCAACUUGUAUGACACAGUUAAGAAAGCCACACUGGCUACCGAAUACGUGAAGAAAUCAAAAGGCUUAGUGGAGAAUGUGAGAAAGCCAAAGAUCUCCGAUGAGGCAAAAAGGACGAAGUCUUCAUGGGAUGAAGGUAAUGGAACUAAAAUUUCAACAGCUGAUGCAAAGAAGUCAAAGGACGUAUUUGAUGUGAAACCCGAGAUUUCAUUGGAUGAGGCGCACAAGCUGAAGACUCCAUUUGACAUGAGUGAAAAAAGUUCAGAUGAUGAUGGGAAGCCAAAUAGCUCACCGAAUAUUGUGAAGAAGCAACAAAUAUCUACAGAUGAGGCAGAGAAGCCUCAAAAUGCGACAGACGAGCUGAGAAGGCCAAAGAAGUUCCAUGAGAUGAAGGCCAGGAGCUUAGCUGAUGACACCCAAAAGCUGAAGAGGACACCGAGAUUAAUCUCUUGUAUGAAGAGUGCCCGCAGCCUGUCGGACAUUGAAAGUCUUGACAAGACCCCGCUUGUUAAGUUACAUAUGUUGAAUACCCUGUGUGAUAAGCCCAGGAAGGUGAGGAACGACAGCAACGGCAGCAGUGGUGGAGGCAGUGUUACAGAUGCAAGUAACAGGGCAACAAACACCAGAGUUGCUCUCGUCAGAAUGGGAAAUGUGAAGUCCUGCUGUGUCGAUGCAGAAAAGCUUGGUGUUACAUGUGACAUAAACAGCUUGACUGUCGAUGAAACGGAAGCUACAGAGGUAGUGGAGGCGCUAACGGAAGACAACAGAAAUCAAAGUGAGGGUAAAUACGUGAAUAGCAAGGCGGCAGUGGUGGACGUGUCGGAAACUAAAGAUUCCUCAGUCUUGUAUGAUGGCGAGGACUUGCUACCUGCAGCCACUGCAGAAGAGUCAGUACCAUUGAGAGGCACUACAGAAAAGCCAGUACCAUUGGCAGGCACUGCAGAAGAGCCAGUACCAUUGAGAGGCACUACAGAAAAGCCAGUACCAUUGGCAGGCACUGCAGAAGAGCCAGUACCAUUGAGAGGCGCUACAGAAAAGCCAGUACCAUUGGCAGGCACUGCAGAAGAGCCAGUACCAUUGAGAGGCGCUACAGAAAAGCCAGUACCAUUAGCAGGCACUGCAGAAGAGCCAGUACCAUUGAGAGGCACUGCAGAAAAGCCAGUACCAUUGGCAGGCACUGCAGAAGAGCCAGUACCAUUGAGAGGCACUACAGAAAAGCCAGUACCAUUGGCAGGCACUGCAGAAGAGCCAGUACCAUUGAGAGGCACUGCAGAAAAGCCAGUACCAUUGGCAGGCACUGCAGAAGAGCCAGUACCAUUGAGAGGCGCUACAGAAAAGCCAGUACCAUUAGCAGGCACUGCAGAAGAGCCAGUGCCAUUGAGAGGCACUACAGAAAAGCCAGUACCAUUAGCAGGCACUGCAGAAGAGCCAGUACCAUUGAGAGGCACUGCAGAAAAGUCAGUACCAUUGGCAGGCACUGCAGAAGAACCAGUACCAUUGACAGGCACUGAAAAAGAGCCAGUACCAUUGACAGGCACUGGAGAAGAGCCAGUACCAUUGACAGGCACUGGAGAAGAGCCAGUACCAUUGACAGGCACUGGAGAAGAGCCAGUACCAUUGACAGGCACUGGAGAAGAGCCAGUACCAUUGAGAGGCACUGCAGAAAAGCCAGUACCAUUGGCAGGCACUGCAGAAGAGCCAGUACCAUUGACAGACACUGAAAAAGAGCCAGUACCAUUGACAGGCACUGGAGAAGAGCCAGUACCAUUGACAGGCACUGGAGAAGAGCCAGUACCAUUGACAGGCACUGGAGAAGAGCCAGUACCAUUGACAGACACUGGAGAAGAGCCAGUACCAUUGACAGGCACUGGAGAAGAGCCAGUACCAUUGACAGACACUGGAGAAGAGCCAGUACCAUUGACAGGCAGUGGAGAAGAGCCAGUUCCAUUGACAGGCACUGGAGAAGAGCCAGUACCAUUGACAGGUACUGGAGAAGAGCCAGUUCCAUUCACAGGCACUGGAGAAGAGCCAGUUCCAUUCACAGGCACUGGAGAAGAGCCAGUGGUACUAAUAGGCACUGAGGAAGAACCACUAGCACUAACAGGUACUGAGAAAGAACCACUUAAACUGAGGAAUCUGGACACAGUGGUGUCAAACACUCAAGAUAUUGCCAUGUCAGAUAUCAGCAGCGCAGAUGAGAUGCUGGCAACCUGCGAAGAAGAGGCGUCAGAGGUCAGCAAAGAGGUGUCAGAGGUCAGCGAAGAGGUGUCAGAGGUCAGCGAAGAAGAGGUGUCAGAGGUGAGCAGUGCAGCUGAUAUAUUAGCAAUGUACACACGAGAUGUGUCACAAGUAAACACUGCAGAUACGUUAGCGACAGACACAGAUGACAUGCCAGAACUCAGCACUGAAGAGUUUGAAGAUAUUUGUUCAGCAGACUUCCUAGAAAUGAACACUGAGGAAAUGCUUGCAACAUUCGCAGCAGACAUGCCAGUAGUAAGCAAUGAAGAAAUGCUUGCAACUUCUGUUCCCGACAUGCCAAUUAUGAGUAAUGAAGAGAUACUCGAGGACAUGUCAGAAGCGGACGACAGCACAGAUGAAGAUUCAAGAAUGACCUCAGAUGAGAGUGACGAGUGGGGAGAUUUCCAUUUAGAACUUGAGCCACCUAGCUUGGAUUUCAUCGAGAGUGAGAGACGCGGUGAUGAUAGCGAUGAUACAAGGUCCCGUGAUGAGUCCACUAUGAAUAGAAGCAGGCAUGGAUGUGAAGGUCAUAUGGGUCUCAGAAGUUCUGACAUUGGCAUCCAGAAUAGGGAUUCUGACGAUCUACUUUCAUUGAACAGCUGCAAGCAGAGGGGCAGCUGCAGUAGUAUUUAUAGUGACAGCAGCAGCAGUAGGUGCAGCAGAGUGAAAAGGCAUGGGAAGGAUCCAUUUGCAAAACAUUCUGGAAGCCUCGAAACUGAAGACAAUAUGAUGGAUGAGUGCUCCUUGAGUCGUAGCGUCGGAGAGGACUUCUUUGGCAGCUUCCGGGAGAACUUCAAAAGGCAUCAGAAAGAAGACUUUAGCGAUAGUCUAAAGGACAUGAAGAGUAAGUCUGGCAGCCUCACCAACAUUCACGACAGUUCUAGGCAGUUAAAAUGUAAAAUAAAAGAUGUCUUCAGCACCAGCAGAAGCCUGAGUAAUAUUCAUGACACCUUGAACAGUAGCAUCAGCAACUUGUACAGUGGCCGCUGUUACUUGACACGGAGUUCCAGUAGAUUGAAUGCCAAGGACCUCAUCCAGGAGAAGCUCGACAUGGUGAGUCACAAGUAUCGGGGCAGCAGAAGCACUUCCUGCCUCAAUAAGGAUUAUUCCAUGAAUAACUUGGAAAAGGUGGACUGGAACAGCACCACUAAGCUCAGUAGUGGUUGGGAUAAUGUCAGGCGGAAUGUGCUGGAGAAGAACAUCUUUCUAAACACCAAGAGAACAUCUGGGGAAACCCGUGAGCGAGACUGCUUGUCGGAGAAGGCGAAGACGGUGGGACGGGGAUGGGAGAAACUUCGACGCAAGAUAAUGGAGGAUAAAAGGAAAAAGGAACAAGAGAAGAGUGAUGAAGUUUUCAAGCAAGGAGGAGGUGAAGAGGAGAGUGAAUGGCUAAACACAAGAGAAGCAACAGUUGAGAACUGCGUGAGGGCAUCGGCCACUAAUCUCAGACCUCCCCGAUUCAGCGAGAUUUUCACUGGCAUUAAAGAAGUUCAGAAAGCUCAUCAGCAAGUCUUAGACAAGUCGACAGAUAGUACCAAAGACAAGAAGAAAAAGAAGAAAAAGACGAAAUACAAGAAGAAAUCGAAGAGUAAUGAAGACAAAGACAAGAUGAAAUGGCAGUAUACGAAGCCUUUGUCAUCUUCAUGUGCCCAGACCAUGAACGACUAUGGCAUGGAGCUGGUGAAGAGUGUGGAAGAGUCACCUGGUAGUGAUGCAGAGAGAAACAGUCAGGAAAGUGGUCUUGGCAGCAGCUUUGAGGAUGAGAGUCAGAGUUAUGACUCUAGGUCAUCUUGCUCCUCGAGUCCACCCUCACCCACUGCCCCACGGCAGGUGUUUAACGCCAUCACGCAAUACUUGUGCACUGUUGACCUGGUAGAAAGUGAGGAGGAUGUUGAUAGUUUUAGCAGAGAUGCUGAAAUCAUCGAUCCUGAUGAACUGAUGCUUCUCACGGAUAGUGAGGAGAUGCUUAGCUGGAAUGAUAUAAUCAUCUCUAGCAGUCGCAGGGAUGCCGGAGAUAAUUGUGACCUCAAAGAAGAAUCUGGCGAAUUGAAGGUUAAUUUCUUACCAGGUGGAAGCCUCAGCGUGAGAGAAGAGAAAGUGGACCAGAUAUUGGAUCAGCUUUUGGGCAGUGACUACCCAAGUCUAGGGUGGGAUGCUCUGGAUGAGAGAAUGUGGACCCCCGACAAACCUCCUGUUGAAACUAAGGUCAGCGACUCUAAUACUACUGGAGACGAAGAAACUGAGAUAAAAAAUGAAGUGGGCCUGCAAGAGCCAUCAGGAGAGCUCCAGGAGCAGAGUCCUACUGAUCAGAAGAUUGAAGAAGUUCUCCAGAAGGAUGUUGAUGUGAAUAAUAGCCCUACUCUUGAGGGUAUGAACAACUGUGUUGAGGUUAAGAAGGAAGAGGCUCCAUUGGAGGCUCACAAUAGUGACUCUUCACUCAUUACUGCUGACAAGCCCGAGGACCCUGUACCUGCAGUCUCGACCGAAGACACUGACGAUGCCCGUGGGCGUAGCCGCACUAAGGAGGAUCCUCACACCAAGGAUUCUGGCACUUCUGCAGAGCGAAGUGUAAGCUGCAGUGACAACAUUCGUGUCUUCCUAAUGAAGCAGCCGUGCGCCCAUGCCCACAAGGAUGGUAACGCCCACCCUAUGUGCUCAGAUAAGCAUGUGCUGGAUAUCUCCGCUGCCGAUGCUACCCUCGGUGAGGCUGUCCAGGAGUGCAGUAAUCACCUCCCAAAGAAAGACAAAAGUCAAAAGGCAAAAAAGAAGGCAGCGAGGAGAGCUGCGGAAUCUCGGCGCAUGCUCCGCCAGGUCACCAAAUCCAACUCCUGGUUCAGAAUGUUCUGCACCACCCCGGUAACGGUUGGAGGCUUAGCAUCGGAUCUGGAAAGCCAUGACACUGACCCAGAACCACUGCCGCCGCCCAUCCCACCUCACGGAGUGGAGUCGGGUGCCAUCACGGAGGUCCAUCCUGUCUCCGCCUCUGAACAGCUCGACCCUGACUUCAUGACGCCUGACGAGGCACAACGGCUCCUCAGUGCCAACAUUUUGGAGGGGAAAUUCAGGGAAGCCCAUGGUCUGCUGUCAGAUGAAGAGGCACAGGAAGUGGUUCUUCUGCUGUCACCACAGGAACAAGACACCUCCAAAUGUGUACCUCCAGUGCCUCCACACCAUCCAGAAGCUGUGCCCAGCGUCCCUCCACACUACGCGGACACGACUACUGCAGUGCUCCCGCAGUACACUGAAGGUGCCCCUCCUGUUCCUUCACACUACACUCCUGGUGAGGAUGAGUACGACACCCGGGUGGCCUCGCACUUUGAUCCAACACUGACGUCUCCCCUCAGUCCUGAAGAUGCGCCGUCAGAAGCAGAUUCUUCGGAAACAUCUGGGGACGUCUAUCAAGUGUCUCGAGUUAAAGAAGUUCUUGUGGAGGAUGGAGUUCACUAUUUGGAAGACGGUCACUUCUGGGUUGAAAUUCCUGGCCUACCUGACGAGGAUGAGGAUGAGGAUAACGACCCAUCUAUGCCAUUCCAUCCUCACACAAAGCUGACCUUCUCAAAGGACCCUGUACAGGUUUUUAGCACAUACUCAGUAACGGAAUAUGAUCGUAAGAAUGACGAUGUCGAUCCUGUGGCUGCGAGCGCUGAGUACGAGCUGGAGAAGCGCGUUGAAAAGAUGGAUCUUUUUCCUGUUGAGAUUGUUAAAGGUGAGGGAGGACUUGGUCUCAGUAUCAUCGGAAUGGGUGUUGGAGCAGAUGCUGGUGUGGAGAAGCUGGGCAUAUUCGUGAAGACCAUCACUCCAGGUGGUGCUACAGAGAGAGAUAGAAGAAUACAGGUUAAUGACCAGAUCAUUGAAGUUGAUGGCAAGAGUCUAGUAGGAGUAACUCAGGUAUUUGCUGCAUCUGUCCUCAAGAACACCAGUGGUCGUGUUCACUUUCUUAUUGGACGUGAGAAGGACCCUGAAAAUAGUGAAGUGGCCCUCCUCAUCAAACAGUCACUUCAGGCUGAUCGUGAGCGAGAGGAGCGCCGCCGAGCAUUGGGCGGGCCAGAUUAUGACCCUCACACAGGUCACGGUCUCUUCGACCCCUUGUCAUCGCCUUCGGAAGAAAACUCCCGCUCAGAGGAAGCGUCUAUGCAACACAACUACUCUUCGUACCUGGAGGGAGGCUCGUCCCCCACCUCGCCUGAAGCCACGUCUCCGCCUCCAGAAGUAUUUGACUUGGAAGGCGACACGGACACUUCACCCGAUAAUGAUGUUGCUAUGCUUAAGUUGAAGUUGAAGGAGGUCCAAUAUAGAAAUGCAGUCGCUGAAGCAGAAAUUACGAAGCUGAAGAUGACCUUGCUGGAAAUGGAGAAGGUUGUAACCGAGAAUACGCAAUAUACUAGUCAGCUCCUCGAUGCCCAAAAUAAAAUGGUGGAAAUGGACUGUCAGUUGCAGUCCAAGCUUUCCGAGGUGUCCACCUACCAGGACAUGUUGGAGCAAUCUCAGGGACAGUUUAUUGUCUUAGAAAAGAAGUAUUAUAAAGCCAAAAAAAUUAUAAAAGAAUAUCAGGGUCGAGAGAGAGAUUUCCUUCACCGUGAGGAAUAUCACAUAACCCAGCUUGAGGAGAAGGAUUCUCACUAUAAUGCCCUUGUGAAGGCAUUGAAAGAUAGGGUAAUCAGCUUGGAAGCUGAACUGACAAAUGCUCAGAAGAAAGCUGGCUUACCUGUCCAAGUGCCGACUGACACCACUACUCAGCCAGCAUAUUGGAACCUCCAGCAGAGCACUCAGUCUGCCCUUGCCAAGUUACCAGUAAAGGAGGAGCUGGACGAGGCAGUGCCACCACACGAGUUACUGGAUGUUUCGGCAAGUCGUGCCAAGGGGGAGCUGGCAUCGCGUGGUGGUCUGGCCAACCGUCACCUGCCUUCCCUCAAGAAGACAACCAGCAUGAGUAGUGCUAGCAGUCAGGACCAGAGCUUAGAUGAUAGCAGCCUUGAUGAAGAGCUUCCUGAAGCUGUUAAACCUCCACCACCAGCCGAAGCUACUCAAGAUGGGCAACAGGAUCAGGGGAGCCGGAGGUCAGCAGAACCCCAGGAGUCUUCCCUACCCCCUCAUAGUCCUCCUCCUGCCACUAGCAGCAUAACCCAAGCCAAGUUGCCCCAGCCUCCUUCAUAUACCCAAGCAACUAUGGGGAGCAUGAGCCAUUUAGGUAGCCCCCCUCCUUACCACCAUCCUCCAAUCCAGUUUGCCUCACCACGACAACCCUUCACCCCAUCUUAUGUAACGUCUGACCCGUCCAUUGGUCUGCCUACUAGACCCCUGGGUGGCAGUACUGAUGUGCAGACACAUCAGUCACGAUCAGAGUCCCGUCCUGAGAUCCCAUAUCGUCACCCCCCUCCUGUUGCCCGAGUACAGCCAGUCAACCGUGCAGAAAUUUCUGAAUCUGCUAGCUUGGCUGCACACUUGGCCAAUCGCACACCUCAGCAGCAGAGUUUAGCUGAACAGCUGAAGGCUUUGUUAGCUGAGAGAGAAUUAGACAGUGAUGGAAGCCAGCAAAGGAGCGAGAGAGAGGCGAGCCCAAGCAAACGAUCACCAACAAGUCUCAUGGAAGAUGUCAGACAGGCUGUUCUACAAGCUGAUGUCUCUUCCUCUGUUCCCACACAACAAUACUGGCAACACCUGGGCAAGAAGCCAGUAAUCAGUGCACCUGUUCCUUUGUCGUCAACAGCACAUGGGGUUGUUGGCCAGGGUCAGGUUGUACACCCAGUCAGCUCUCCUCAGCGAUUACAGUCUGCAUUUUAUUCUCCUGGUGGUCGAGAAUCAGUACGUGACAGCAGUGGUGGAUCUCCAAGAUUAGGCCGCAGUAGCAUACAUGCUAGUCCACUGAGUGGAGUUAGUGCCAAUCCCUCAGGUGUGGUGCUGCUGAGCCAAAAGCCACUCGAUUCUUCACUUCCAGCACAUAAAUUGGGACCAGGUGUAGAUGGCAGCAGUGGUGACUUAAGCAGCGGGCCUGCAUCCUUAGGGUCAGGGGAUGAGGGCUCGGGCGCAUCUUUAGGGUCCCAGAGUUCCCUCUCCCUAACUCAGCCUCCUACUGAGAGGACCAAACGGUCACACAUGUGGCAGACCGCACCCGUGGUUGACUGGACCAAGGAGCAGGUGAGUCAAUGGCUGGUAGUACAAGGUUUAGAGAGUUGCGUCGGACGCUUCCAAGAUAUUGGCAUGACCGGCCCAAGACUACUUAAUUUAGAUGUACGAGACCUGAAGUCAUUAGGGCUACCAGCCGAAGAUAAAAGCAAGCUUAAGAGGAAGGUAAAAGAACUUAGAUUAGCUGUCGAAAAGGAACGCAAACAAGCUGAGAAAGAGAAGAAAGAGAGAGAAAAAUUACAGAAAAAAGCAGAAAAGCUAGCAGAAAAGGCAGAGAAGAAGAAAAAAUAGUUUUAUACACAUACAGUAUGUCAAUACAUAAUCUCAGAGGGAAUGUUAUGACCCACACUGCUUGAUGCAGUGUGCUAGUUCCUUCUGUAUAUAACAUUACCUUAUGAAACAGUCUUGAAAGUACAAUACAGAUAUAGUUUGUUUCCGUAUCCCAUUGAUCGAAAUGUACAGACCCCCUCUCUCUGUUUUUUGGGGGAGGGGGACAACAGGGAGGGAUUGGGGAGGGGGGCGACUAGAUUUUUAGUCUUCCGUUUCUUGAGAUCACAACUCAUUAUCGUAAGUAUGAUCUAGUGGUGCAUUAACUCUUCCAAAUCUUUAAGUGCAAUAACUUUUUUAUGUAGGAUUGAGGCAAGUCUCAAUUUCUAGAUAAAACAAAGUUAAUUGUGUGUAUGAAGAAUGGCCACUGAGAUUAUUCUUUCCCAGUGUUUAUAUGUUUUCUUAAUUUGAAGGAGAUUGGCAAUGUAGCUAAAAGUCUGUCAAAAGUAGAGAGAGUUUGCAUAUUUUUUUAAAUAAAUUUGGCCAGCAUGAGUGAAGUGUUCUUUGUUGGUAGUGACAGAUGAACUUGAAAAUCAUAUUCAAGGGGAAUUGCUAAACCCAAAAGAGUUACUGUGCCUGGUUAAUGGGAAGUGGUAAAGUUGGACUCGAGGGAAGGGUAGCUCUAGUUCCAUCAAGGCACUUAACCAUGAAGGGUUAAAAACCCUAGCCAACUUUACGUAAUGAUAGCAAAUGAUGCCCGAGGGUGAUCACUUUCAGAGGACUGCUUGAAAGGAGCCAUUGUGAGUGACAUUUGAUUUUCAUGACUUUUAGCACAUACAGAUUUAUAUUUUUUUUUGUAUUACCGUUGACUUACAUUUCCCACCAGUCAUCUGUUGUCUAUCUUUCUGGGUUAGACAUUCAGACUGACUUCUAUUUGUAACUUCCAUAAUUUCUAGUUUUAAAUAACAGUUUGAUUUUUAAACUACAUCAUUUUGUUUUAUUGCAUUUACAUUCAAAUUAAUUGCAACCUUUUCAUACCUGUUAUUGUUUACUCUCACUUUAUUAAUUUCCAGCAAAGGAAAACUAAAUACCUUUGUCAUUAAAUUGUUUCAAAGAGCAGAUAGGUCUACCAAAUAUGAGACAUAGUGACUGUCUGUACUUACGAUGUAUAUGUGAUUUGUGUUUUCACGAAAACCUUUGGUGUACAUGUUAAUUUACAUUGAACUGUAAGUCUAUUUUAAAGACUGAUCUAUUUGUUAUGGACAUUAAAACAAAAAACUUGUAUGCUGUACAUGGUACCUCAUGUAAUAGAUUAUAUUUUACUUUCUACUGUUCAGUGACCAGCUACUUGUUACAUAUCCUUCAAUACUUCCAUCCCAUACUAGUUCAAUACAGUGAAAUCGACCAUGUUAUAUUUUAGCUAAUUUCCUUUGCCUCCUAAGGAACCAAAAUCUUACUUAGUAGACUAAAUCCCACAAUAUAUUGUAUAUGAAAUUUACCCUUGUGUAUGUCUAUGUACAAGUAAUGCAAAAACAUUUCAUAUUGUAAUUGCAUUCUGCCUAAAAGGUCUUGACAGACUUAAUGAAUGUAUAUGUUGCCAAAUGUCUUCUUUACAUUCUCAUUGCUGGCCAAAGUUCGGUAACAUUUUUUGUUUGUGUAGCAUAAAAAAAAAUCAGAUUAUAAAGGUAACGUGUAUGCGCCCUGCCAUCUGAGCCAAGCUCGUAACCUCCGAACAGUAUCCUCAAAUCUGGGUGGUGACUUUUCAGCCAAGGUGGUGUUAACUAGUCUGGGACCCAAGCAAGUAUAUAUACAGAAGUUGUUACACGGCAAUUGUGGUGACCUCAUUUUGUGUGAACUAGUGAAGCACAGUACAUUAAGACAUGCUUUAAUAGACAAAAAAAAAAAAAAAACAA